GAAUCUCAACUGCUUGCGAACCGCUCCACCACGAACUCGCUCGAUUUUUCGAAUAAGAACCCGCCGAUAGAUCCAUCGAAAAGCCCUCGAUCAUACGAGCAUUUUGACCCCAUCGCCGACCGCAUACCCCGUGUGGUGGUGGAGUUAUCCAGCCAAACGUGAACCGGACGUUGUUCGAAGCUCCUGUGUGGGAUUAUCCCCCGUUCUCCCCUACCACACCACAACCCCGGGCCAGAGUGCCAUACACAUUGUAAGGUGAAGUGACCUAGCCAUAUGCACCAAUCUUCUCGAUUUUGGAAGACCCCCGACCUGUAGUUGUGGAGAUAUCCGAGGAGCGACCUCCGCGAAAACCCUGUUCAUCUUUGAUGUUCCAAAACACCAAUGCCAAGUCUCACCCUCGUACCGUCCUUCCCAAUCUGGCCCAUCCCCGGCAGAAAAAUACAAAAAGAUACCUCGGUGAUAAUAUCAAGCACAUAAUCAAUGGACUCUUCUGAAGUGCAACCUCCACAGUCCGCCGCCAGUGUAUCUAGACUUCAACACCAAGUCUCACCCCUGUACUACCCCUCUCAAUCUGGCCCAUCCCCAGCAGAAUGAUACAAAAAGAUACCUCAGCAACAGUAUUCAAUACAUAACCAGUGGACAACAAGUCAACAGCACAUCAACAACUAUAAAAUCAGUAUACCUCAAGAUCUGACUGAGCCUUUGAUCCCUGCACAGUGAGAUAUAUUAAAUCUAGUUUUAAUACCUCAAUAUUCAAUAGAUUCUGCAAGGGAUUGAGAACAGCAACACUAGGUUUCUAUUGAAUUUGAGAAUUAACUCUAUAUUGAUAUAAUCAUUGACAAAGUCUUCUAUUUUGAGAUAUAAAUAACCAGUUCCUCUACAUCCUGCUGACAA